UGCAAGCGGAAGUAGUUUGAGCUCGGUGGUCGGGACGACCAAUAUUCUACGGUAACAGCGCUCAAACGAUGGCUACCAGGCUGCUCGUGAGGAGAAUUUGGACCUUCUCUGUGAAAGACAUUCGCUACCGCCUCCCAUCCUCUUCCUCAGUCUUGUGCUCUUCGUCAUACUCUACCUCACUCAGUCCGUCAUCAGCUCCCCAAUCUUUCCUGUCACCCUCUCGCUCUCUGCCUCGAUCCCUUCCCCUCACCUCACGUCGAGAAGUCUCUUUCAACGUGCAAGACCAUGAAGACUUCACAGAGAGAGUCAUUAACAGCGAGUUACCUGUGCUUGUGGACUUUCAUGCACAGUGGUGCGGACCUUGUAAGAUCCUCGGACCGAGGUUGGAGAAGGCCAUUGCCAAGCAGAAGGGUCGCGUUGCCAUGGCGAAGGUUGACAUUGACGAGCACACAGACCUGGCCAUUGAAUAUGGGGUGUCAGCCGUUCCCACGGUGAUUGCCAUGCGUGGCGGUGAUGUCAUAGACCAGUUUGUGGGGAUCAAAGAUGAAGACCAGCUGGACUCCUUUGUCAAAAAGCUCAUUGGACAAUGAACUUUUCAAUCAAAUCUCACUAAUACCCCUCCUCUCUUUGUAUUCCCCAUUCAUUACCAGAUCCAGUUUACAGCACUUAUCAGAAAUAUUCAGAUGACUAACUGCUCAU